UCGCCUCCGGGUUGGGGAGGUUUUAGAUGAGAGAGAGAGACGAUUCUUGAAAUUCCGGCGAGGAUUCUUGAAAUUCCGGCGGGGAUUCUUGAAAUUCCGGCGAGGAUGAUGCAGGCUGUGAGUCCGUAUUCCGGUGGUUCCCGGAGUAAAGCUGAGAUCUUGGCGAGAUAUAGGCCGAUUGCGCCCAAGCCCGAGGCGCCCACUAGUCCAUCUGAUGAUAAUAAUGCCUUGCCGGAGAGUAUUAGGAAGUCGGCGUUUCUCCGGAAUGUGUGGCCGCAUUUGCAGGCCCGGCCGACCCGGACGCGGAAGCGCGGGCGCUCGGCUUUCGCCCUGCCGCCGUUGAAGAGAGCCAGGGCUUAUUUCCACGGGUUUGCUCCGGCGGCGGCGGCGCCGCCACCGCCGCCGUAUCAUCAGGUAUUGAACCCUUACCCCACCGGGUUUCCCCAGAUUCCGAUGAUCCACCCGAAUCUUGCGCCGGUUAAACGCGGGAUUAUAGAAUCUCCGGCGGCGGAGCCGCCGCCGCCAGGAGGGCGAGUCCGGGGGAUAGAUUUGAACAGGGAAGCCGCCGCCGAAGCACCGGAGGAAUUCGAAUUCAUGCCGCCACAAUUACAGACCGUGAUAAUCACCCCGCACCCCGUCCGAUUAAUCGGCUCCACCGUUUUCGUCGGCUGCAUUAUCCACUCCGACCUGCCGGCGCCGGCGCCGGCGUCACUAAAAACGGCGGAGGACGUGGAGAGCGAGGCGGAGGCCGUGUCCCUCCCCGUGCUCGUCUCCGACGUCAAUAACAAAGUCCGGCUAGCCAACUCCGCCUACAAGGAGCUGGUGGGGCAGCCGGAAUGCCGCUGGCUCGACCGCCUGCCGCCGUUCCAUAGCCCAUGCAAGAGGAUCUGCGGCGAGGUGGCCAUCCAAUUCUCCGACUCCUGCAAUCUCCCCGUCUCCUCCAACAGAUUCACGUGCUGGGUAAGGAUGGAAUGGAGCAUUAACGGCAAGAAAACCACCAUCGGAGCUUUCUGCGACGCCGUCAAGCUAGCUUGCCAGUCAAAAGACUACCUGUUUCAAUGGAGGUUCCAUACCUCCGACCAUUCCUCCAAAUCUGCGUGCUAAAUUUCAACAACCUUAAAUGCUUGU